AUGUCUAAGACCCAUUGCUUUCCCGAAACGAUCCCGAAUUGCCCGCGGCAAUGCGGCGAGGCUCGUUGCGUGUGCAAGGCUGGCUUCGUCCGACAAUCGAACGAUGAGAACAAAUGCGUGCCGUUCGACUUUUGCUCGGCCGAGGAAGAACCCCAAUGCUCGGCGAACGCCACCUAUGCGAAAUGUGGAACUGCUUGUGAGCCGAGUUGCGAAAACAUGUACGACACGUCACCUUGUCCGGCUUCUUGUGAGACCCCAGCCUGCACUUGUUCGGACAACUACGUGCGCUACAAGGGUGGCUGCAUCUAUUGGGGCGAUUGUCCAAAUCUCGAGGACCAUCUCGCUUUCGAUGAAGCCCAACCGACCGCCAAAUCCGAAGCCGCUUCAGCUGCUGUGACUCUGAAAACGACGACCACAGAGGCCCCAAAAGCGGAAAGCUUUGGAAAAACAACACCACUCUUGAAACCAGCACAAACGGUGUGUCCAGUCAACGAGACGAUGACUGAAUGCGGACAAGUUUGCGAGGCGAAUUGUGUCACCAUUUUCACUCGAACGGCUUGCGACAAGUGCGGUGACCCGGAGUGUGCCUGCAUUCAGGGAUAUGCCCGCUCCAACGGUGUUUGCGUUUACUGGGGAGAUUGCCCAAGGCAGACACAGAAAUCGACGCCCCGAUUCCCCAAGACUACCACGAUAAUCCCAGCUAAACAAGCGGAGCAAAAGGAGCCAAAGAAGUUUGUCAGCGACGACUUGUCAACUGAUAAUGAGAAAUGUUAUGGAGAUUGGAGAUACCCAGAUGGAUGCAAGGAUUGCGAUUACAAGCUUUCCUGGAACUAUGUUGAUGAAUCGGAUGAAAUCGAAUUUUCGUUGGAAACAAAGGCUCCGCAAAACUGGUGGACUGGAGUUGGCUUCAGUCCGCAAGGAAGCAUGGCCGACGCCGACAUGAUCAUCAUCAAAUCGUUCAACGGGAAACUCUCACUUUUGGACAUGUACUCAGCUUCGUACUCCGUGCCAACCCUCGACGCUUCACAGGACGCUUACUCUGAAACGGUGAUCGGCACACAUGCAAACGGUGUGCUGCGUGCGCAAUUCACCCGCAAGCGCAACACCGGCGACACAAAAGGCGAUCACAUCUUCUCCGACACUCAAUGCCAUAACUUUUUGUUCCCAGUGGAAGGCGGGAAAUUGGAUGAGAACGGAAACAUCACCAUUCACACGGCCACUCCGUUCGUUUCGGGCGACAAGAUCUGUGUGAGCAGUUGCAUCAGUGAAGAGGAAGAGAAACCGGCUAAAGUCACGGACACCUGCGAGACCGAGUACCGUUACCCGCCAUCAUGCGUCGAAUCGGCGUGCGACUACAUUGCCCGCUGGAAUUACGAUGCUCAGAGACAAGAUGUGAAAUUUGAGAUCUCCUCAAAGGAUUUGGGUCGCUGGACAGGCAUCGGCUUCUCACGGGACGGGAAAAUGGCCAACGCCGACAUUUACACGGGAUGGGUUUACGAGGGAAAAGCCUAUGUGACGGACCGGUACGCCUACGGGAGACAACUCCCAGCAAUCGACCCGGCUGAUCGAAGUGAUAUCUAUGAGGUCGAGGGAAAACUCUUCGAAGAGAUGCAAACGAUCUCCUUCCGGCGGAAAGUCGUUCCAAAAGAUACGAUCACCGAUUUGCCACUCGAUCAGUGCUACUACUUCUUGUUCCCCGUUGGAGGAGGACGAGUACUUGCCCGAAAAUCCCAGGACUUCUCCAAUCCCCGAACCCCGAUCGGUUUCCACGAUCAAGAGACGCCAAAGGUUUCAAAGACGAAAAUCUGUCUAUGCCGAGACGGGAAACCGCUGAAAUCGAGUGAACCGCAUCAAGUGAGAGUGAGAAGACAAGCACUGCAACAACAACAGCAACAGCAACAGCAAAGCACUGUAAGCGCAAUGGCGUGCACGGACAUGGUCGUUGGAUCUGUGUUCGAUGGACGGGGAAGAGUCAGGGAUAUGUACUCGCCGAGCAAGGCGUCUCCUCGAAUGGAUUCUUUCUUCGCUGGAGAGGAUGAUUUGAGUGGAGCUGCUGCUUAUAGUGAGGACGGAGUGACAACGAUUGUUUUCAGGAAAAAGCUCAACUCCAACGAUCCAGCCGAUCACCCAAUUUUGCCCGGCCCAAUGACCGUCAUCUGGGCGAAAGGAGCCGACUCAGAGAGAUACCAGCACACCACCGGCGGAGAGCCGAUCAAGGCCGAUCCAGCCUUCUUCGGCACGGAUCUUUUCAAGUAUCACGGGAAGAAUCGACGAGGAGUGUUGACCAUCGAUUUCUUUGAGGACUCAAAGAGCUCUGUGUCGAAAACCACAGUAACCCAAGCAGAAACCAGCACCUCCAUACGCCCACUUCCCAACAUUCCGGAUGCUCCGACGAAUGAGCCAGACGGUUUCCCCUCGUGUUCCGGGCGCUUCUCUUACCCACGUGGAUGUGAAAAAUUGGAUUGUCCAUACGUUGUUGAAUGGAGUUCCGAUGGAGUUGAGAUCACUUUCCAUUUGGAGGCAAAAGUGGAGGACAGAAAGUGGACGGCUGUCGGUUUCUCGAGGGAUGGUGGAAUGGCCAACUCCGAUGUGGUGGUCGUUUCGGUGGAAAGAGGCGAGAUCUCCGUUGUCGAUCAAUUCAUGCCCAACUACGGCCGACCGGCGAUCGACGAGCAACAAGAUGUUUAUGAUAUUGAAACCGCCUACAAAUCCGGCCGGGUCUCGGCGAAUUUCAGCAGACGUUUGGCCACAAAGGAUAUGAACGAUGUCUCCUUGGAUGAAUGUCAAUUUUUCCUUUUCACGCCAACUGGCGGCGAUUUGGACGGAAAUGGAGAGAUUUUGAAACACCAAGACACCCCGACGAGCAGCCAGACCAAGAUCUGUCUCUCGAUGUGCAAUCGGCACACGACUUUGUCUACUUUGGCGGUGCCAGUCCAAACGAAACCCUCGCCAACAACGCAAAAGCCGAAAACGACCACGGAAAGCAAUGACGAGUCUAUGGAAUACGAAGAUGAAGACGAAUCUGAAGAGAAAACGACACAGAGAACCACUCAAAAAGUCCCGUCAACGAUUCCCGGAAAAAGACUCGAGACAACGAGAAAACCAGCCAAAACUCUCCCGCCAAUUGUCACCCAAAUGGAGGACGCGACGAAGCGAUAUUCGUUGCGUGUCCGAAUUCUCAACAGAGAAUGGUCUCCCGCAUUGGCCGAUCCCCAAUCCGAGCACUAUCGCUCGUUCACCAAAGAGGUCUCCGAAGCGAUCAACAACUUGUUGGCGAAGAAAUGGCAAGGAAUGCGCGUCUCGAAGAUCGUCGAUUACACAAAAGGAAGUGUCAUUGCUGAGUUUGAGGUUGACUCAAAUGGUUCACCGCCGCCAAUGGUCCGCGAGCUGGCCAUUUACUUGGAGGGAGCUGCGUUGCGGGGAGAAAUCGAAGGAUUUUCCGUUGAGCCGACAACGGUGAAAGUGAAGGAAAUGAUUAUCCCCGAGAAACCCAAAGAAGAGAAACCGAUGAACGAGAGCAUUGACAAUUUGUUGCAAGGAAUCAGUGUCGAUCCAGAGCUGUUGCGCAACGUGAUCGUCAUCUCGAUCGCUGCUUUGGUUCUUCUUUUGGCGGUGAUCUGUUGCUGUUGCAUCAUGUGCCGAAUUCGGAAAACCCGCAACAAUUUCAGCCCAAUGCGCUCAUCCGAUUCGAUGGAGGCCAAAUCCUACUCGGAUAUCCCAUACAAAGCGGACUCCUACCCGCUGCCCUAUCCCGCCUCGUAUGGACCCUAUGGAACACUGCAACCGAAACACCCGAAAUCACAAAUGAUGAACGGCUUCGAGAACAAGGCUUUCCAGGGACCGAAUGGCACACAUCAGAGGCAUUUUAGUCAGGCAACAACCGCCUCGAACAAGGGCGAAUCGUCAUCGCCGGCUCCAUCCGGAAACGGCCACGAGGGAAUGCCCGAUGGAAUGGGUGAAACGACAUAUCACGAAUGGUACAAUAAGGUCGCCUCCCGGCCAGCCGCUCAACACCACGAGGAGGCGAUGCCCCAAUUGACAGCUCCACCCGGUGCCCAACCCAAUCGUCCCCCAUCCACUCAACCCUAUGUCUCUUAUCCGAACGAUCCAUCGGCUUUCUAUACGCUCGGCGGUGAGCACAGGCAAAGGAGGAAUCCGUUG